AUUUACAGUUAAUUUACCUAUUAAAGAUGGUGAUUUUCCAGUUCGCAAACUGUAAACGUUUACAGUUUGGGUAAGUCACCCAGCCUUCACUGAGGUCAACCCCGGUCACACACCUUGAUGCGGGCUUUCAUGGGCGAAGGCAGCAGCAGUGGUACGCAAUGCCACCGUCAUCUUCGGAGUCAUGACCUGCUGCCUCUCCGCAAGGUGGGCACUUGGGACUAUUGCUUCCUCCGGCGGAGCAAGAUCCCUGCGGCGCGCUUGAAGGAUCUGCGUGUCUACAAGGAGCACGUGGACUCCGAGCCCAACUCGGGCGGCCGCAGCGGCCUGUGCCGCCGCAGUGAGGCGGUGCCCAUCUCGAGCAGCGACAAGGUGUCUAUGGAGCUGCCCAGCUGCUGCGAUGCCUCAAAGGCUUGUGUUGGCACCUGCUGGCGCUCCUGUUGCGCCUCCAGUUCUUCACCUUUGGUGGCCGGCGUCUUCCUGGGCGCCAAGGUGGAGGGCGAGCUGGGCGGUUGUCCCGUGCGCUUGACGCGGGACGUCUGGACUCUGCGCGAAGUGGAGCAGCUUCUUCUGAUGGCCCAGCGCGGCCGGGAGCUGCUCGGGCUGCCAGAGGUGAGCGCCAUUCCUGAUCUGGAAGCUCCAGUGCAGGUGACAGAUAUAGAUUGUGGUGCCAUGACUUUCGGCAAGGAAGGCUUGCCGACCAUUUCAGAGGAUGCCGUGCUGCGCGAACCCAGUGCUCAGAGCACGGAAGCCUCUGCCGCUUUGUCCUCCAAGGGCAGCAGCGACGCGACUACGGUCACCACCGUCAGGUCCGCACCAAGACCCAAAAUGAAGUCGCAGG